AAAAUGAAAACGUGUCACUUUCACGGGGUUGGAGUAAUAAUACGUUCUAACGACAUUGGCUCGAAUCAAGGUUGUGCCUUUAGAUUUCGAGAAACUUAACUAAGGAAUAUUUUUUUCACUUCUCAAACCCUGGCCUGGUCUGUUUGGCAACUGUUCCCGGGAGUCUCGCAAUUUUGCGGCAUUGGGUUUAGAAACUGAUAUUAUUUAGACGUAAUCAUUCGAUACUUGCAAAGGAUAAUCUAUUGUACUUUUCAAAGCAGAGAAGAAUGUCUUUAAUAAACUUGGGAUUCAGUAAAUGGCUUGCAAUACAUUUGGGAUUCAAUACAAAUUGACUUGCAUAAAAAUGCUUAGCUAAAUCUGUCAAAUACAGCUUCCAUAAUAAUUAAUCUGCAAUGUUGUUGAGGACUGAUUCUAGUUAAAUCUGUCAGUCUACCAAGAUAAACUCAGGCAAUUCUAGGACUACCAACGGGGCCUUGAAGCCAUCCGACCCUGUUCUCGUGUCUCGUUAGCAUCUGUAGCCUGCCAGCAGUAUAGUGUAUAGUUCUCGGUGAGGCCGGGGAGGCGGAACACCAUUGUCGAUACAAAAUAACAUAUAAGUUACACGAAAUAUAUAGAGCUAAAACUACAACGUCAGACGACGAACAAAGACAGAUAGCCUUAAGAUGCCUUCAGCAACAGUUGGCCACAAUGCUGUUCAGUCCUCCAGCCCAGAGUUGGGUUCUGGGACCCAGUCUGAGGCCAUGAAGCAGGUCCUGCAGGUGAUAGACAAGAAGGUCCGCAACAUGGAAAAGAAAAAGGGCAAGCUGGAUGACUACCAGGCCAAGAAGAAUAAAGGAGAACGGUUGAACCAGGAUCAGCUGGAUGCCUUGACCAAGUUCCAGGAAGUGACCAACAACCUGGAUUUUGCAAGGGAGUUGCAGAAGAGCUUCCUGUCUUUGGUGCAAGAGAUUCAGAAAGCAGUGAAGAAGUCUGCCCGGAGGGAGCAGUUGCAGCGGGAGGAGACGGAGCAGAGGCGGCUGAAGGCUGUUCUGGAGCUGCAGUUCCUGCUUGACCGACUGGGGGAUGAGCAGACGAGGCAGGACCUGAAACAGCCCGUCGCAGGCUCCCCCCUGCUCACCGACUCUAACCUCACAGCACUGGACAGUUUCUACAAGCUCGUUGGCCCGGAACGGGACCAUGACGUCAGGUUGACUGACCAGUAUGAGGAGGCCUCCCUACACAUAUGGGAACUGCUAGAGGGCAGAGACCAGGCUGUGGCAGGAACCACAUACAAGGCACUGAAGGAGACCCUGGACAAGGUGCUGCUGAGUGGCUAUUUUGACAGAGCACACACGCAUCAGAACGGUGUGUGUGAAAAAGAGGAGGAGGAGGAAGAAGAGGAGGAGGAGCAGUCUGUGGCGCAUGAGUCGUCUGGGAGUGGGGAGCAGCCUGCAGCACCAGAGGGAACAGUUACUGAAGAAUACACAGAGGCCAUUGAAGUAGAAGCCACAGAGUUUGUAAACAGACAGUUCAUUCCAGAAACCACAUACAGUAGGACUGGCAACGACCAAGUAGAGGAGUGGACGGCAGAGGCCCAGGUGGUCAAUGUCCUCCAGAACCAGUCUCCUCCCCAGAUGACCCCCGAGCCCCACACUGUGAGCCCAGUCUCCCACACGCCUGACCCCGUGGUCCGGAAGCAGGUCGUACAGGACCUCAUGGCCCAGAUGCAGGGGACCUAUAACUUCAUGCAGGACUCCAUGUUGGAGUUUGAUGGCCAUGCCCUGGACCCAGCCAUCGUGUUGGCCCAGCCCAUGAAGCCUGCACAGAGCGUGGACCUGCAGCAGAUGGUUCAUUCAGAAUCCAGACUUGCUCAACCAAGCUCAGUUCCUGAAUCUACACAAGUCCUCAUGGUCUCCUCCACACCUGAUGGCUACACAGCGCCCCUCUACCAGCCCCCCCGCACAGCAGAGCCCCGGCCACAGACAGACGGCACCGACCACAUCCAGGCCUCGAUGUCCCUGUCGUCUGAGCAGUCCCCCGCCCCGUCCUCCUUGCCCUCUGCCUUCCCGCCCGUCUCCACCCCCCACAGCGGCGGCAUCAAUGUCAACGCAGCACCAUUCCAGUCCAUGCAAGCGGUGUUCAACCUGAACGCCCCCGUGCCCCCCACUAACGAAGCAGACGGUCUGAAGCAGUUCCCCAGUGGCUACGGCCAGGGCUUCAGCAGCCAGGCGGAGCACUCCGUGGAGGAGCCUGACAUCCAGCAGGACACUCUACAGUCCGCUGUAGGAGGCUUCCACAACCAAGACCAAGUGAUGUCGUCGGCAGCGGGCCACCAGGUGCAGGGGCCAGGCUUUGGGCGGCAAGGCCAGUCCUUCUAUAACAGCAGGGGGACCGUGUCUCGCGGAGGCCCCAGGAACCCCCGGGGCAUGAUCAAUGGAUACCGAGGAUCCUCUAACGGUUUCAGAGGAGGAUAUGAUGGCUAUCGCCCUCCCUUCUCGAACACUCCUAACAAUGGUUAUGGGCAACAGGCCCAGUUCAGCACGGCACCCCGGGACUACCCAAACAGCACCUACCAACGGGAGGGAUAUCAGCCAGGCUACAAGCGGGGAGCAGUCCAGGGACCUCGGGGUUGCUCUCGAGGUAAUGCUCAAGCGAUGCGAUCCUAAAGCGCUUAAAGGAUUGUCAACUUCCGUCACAUUGAACAUUCAGAUAUUAUGAAUGUUUGCCCCAGCUCACUUUUAUAAAUCUUUUUUUUCUCAUCUAUCUUCUCAUUUCUCCUAGCCUGUUUAUCAGAGUAAGCCUGCUUUGGUAUGUCUAAGAUACUUUUGUUUUAACACGUGUAAAGCUGAAAUCCACAGCAUUUAGAUUUAUCAGCAAGUCUGUGUUCAAAACAACAAAUAGAUAUUCCUGUAAACUUGAAAGAUUUCAUUAAUUUAUUUUUUGUACAAAAUAAAUGCAAAAAACCCCUGCGACUGUCGGUCCAAUCCAUGAGAGUCUUUUAUAUUUUCUGUCACUGCCCAGCCCUGUCAACCACUUUUCCCCGGUGCUUUUGGUUCUCAUUGCAUUACGUGUUUUUUUUUCUUCCCAUCUCCUCUUUGUAAGCUGAUGUUACUCCUUGGGAGACUGUUUCAAUAAAGAUGUGUUGUAUAA